CGAGGCCCUGACGGAGCCAUCCACCCACCGGCAGAAGCCGAUCUAUACGUGAAGGAUGUACUUCAAGCUUGAACCAGUUUAUGACAUCUACAACUUGUCUCAUACUUGCAUUUCGCUUCCUUUCCGCCUGCACAAACUAAACACAGCACCAUAUGCCAAGGGGAAUACCCAACGCGAAAAAGGAUGACUCGGGAAUGCGUUACACAUCCAUGCAUGUGCCCCUGGCGCCAAACCCCAAGCAUAUGGGCACUUCUUACUUGAAAUCGGAUACACAGACCAUUUGGGCGCGUAAUGCAGCCCGAAAGAAAGAACUGGCGGCAGAGGAAAUUGCUCCCUCACCGGAACAGAGGCGUGGCUCUCACGUUAUCGUCAUUCACCCUGGAUCGCGAUUUCUGCGGAUCGGCAGGGCGUCAGAUGUCAACCCCGCGUCCAUUCCAAAUGUCAUUGCGCGUAGACACAAGCCACCGACACCGGUUCCGACCUACGUCGAGGGUAUUUCGCGUCCGAGGAAAGGGCAAUCGCCACAGCUAUCCGUCAAUAUCACUUCAGAUGAUCCUUUUGAUGCCAAAAUCGGGUCGAUUAUAGUUUCUCUUCGCGAGCGUAUGAGGUUUUACAAACUUCGCGUCACACCCAAUGCGGCAAGCAUUGCGUCGACCUUUAACGAGCAAUUCAAACCUGAAAUUAUCCCCGAGGUCAAUGACCCGUUCCUUGUCGACUGGAUUCAGGACCCCCUGGAAGAUUCAGAAGUUCUAGUCGGCGAACGAGCACUCCGGUUGUCUGAUCCUCAGCUCUUGAAUUAUUCAGUGAAGUGGCCGAUCCAUGGGAAAAAUUUCAACACCAGGGAUUAUCCGUCACAUCAAAUGAUACUGGAUGAUAUUGAAACUAUUAUCAGCACUGUACUAAAAGAAAGGUUCAACCUAAGGCGGCCUGAUUAUAAGGACUAUUCUGUUGUUCUUGUUAUCCCAGACUUCUAUGAUCGGGCAUAUGUCCGCGAAUUUGUCAACAUUCUUGUAGUUUCAUUAGGCUUCAAACAAAUCUGCGUGCAGCAGGAGUCACUAGCGGCAACCUACGGCGCAGGAAUCAGUAACGCGUGUGUUGUUGACAUUGGUGCUGUCAACUCCAGUAUAGCAUGCGUGGAUGAAGGUCUUAUUAUCUCUGAAUCCAGAAUCACACUCAAUAUGGGCGGAGACGAUAUUACUGAAUUCUUAUACGUUCUUUUGGAACGAAUAAGUUUUCCCUACCGCGAUAUCAAUCUCGCGCGGCGGUACGAUUGGGCCGUCAUGGAGGAUUUGAAGGCACGACUAUGCACACUAGCAGAGGGUGACGUUGCUCUCAAUCUGUAUGACUUUGUGGUGCGCAAACCCGGUAAACCCACGGAGAAAUACGGCUUACGGGCGUAUGACGAGAUAAUACUUGCGCCCAUGUGCAUAUUCGAGCCCCGUGUGAUAGAGUUCGACAGGAAGCACAUUGGUCUGCGUUCCAUACCCCAUGCGGAUGUCACCGAAGAAAUUAUAGAGCAUCCGGCUGAUCACGUCACUCAGGCGAUGAUUAUCUCGACGCAACAUUUGCUUCCACCGCCUCCUACAGUUCCGACGGAUGUUCGUCACUCUCCGAUUCCUAUUAGUCAGUCGCAGGAUGAGAAUGGCGGAAAACAAGAACAACAAGAAAUAUCACUACCAUCAACUGCGCAUGCAACACCACCUCCGACUGUAGAAUCUUCUGCACAAUCCACUGCAGGAGCACCGGGGGGAGUGUCUGCCGAUGCACCGAUGGAAGUAAUUGAUGUAGAAGGCGAUGGAAAACCGUCUCCGGUGCCUGUUCCUCUUCAGCCUCAACCUGCUCAGUCCUCCGUACCAGUAGCCUCAAAUUACGGCGGCCUUGGUAUUGACGUCUGUUUUGAAGCAAGUAAACUUCCUCUCGAUGUUGCUAUCUUCAACAGUGCUCGGGCGUCCGGGGGCGAUGAUAAAAUUCGCAAGCACCUCCAGGCCGUUCUGGUCAUUGGGGGAAGCGCUUUGAUACCUGGAAUGGCUCAUGCAUUGGAGAGCAGGCUACAGGCAAUCGCCACUCCACUGGUCCCCAGCAUGGACAAGGUGCAGAUUAUCCCCCCUCCAAAAGAAGUUGACCCUCGUGUGUUGGCCUGGAAAGGUGCUGCGGUCCUUGGGAAGAUGGACUCUGCCGCUGAUCUCUGGUUAACGCCUGUGGAUUGGGAUGUUCUAGGUAUGCGCGGGUUGAGAGAGCGUUGUUUCUAUCUGUAGUCUUAUGAAUGUAGAGUUGCCACGGCGUAGGCCCCACUUCUUGGGGGGGGGAUCGAAUGCAGAUACAACAGUUAUUGUACAUUGCCAAUUAUCCGUUUACAAAUG